AUGCCUAUUUCAAUAUCUGAGCAACAAGAGGUACUUGAUGUUAUACCACAAGUAACACUAGAGCAUCUAACUUCAAUUAGGCAAAGCUGUAAAACAACAACUAAUUUAAUUAAAGCAAGAUAUGCAAAGUUAUUCAGGUUGUCUAAAAAGAUAGUUAACCUUGCACUUAAAGCUGACUUAGGCAAUGAACUAUCUGAUAUUCUUAAUAAUUUUCUUUAUGAGACACAAAAUAAAGGACACUCUUCCAAAAGAUUAAAAUUAAUUGCAGAAGAAACUUCAAGCAAAAGUAAAUGUCAACUAAAAGAUAAUAUGUUACUAAAUAUAAUUAACAAAAAUUUGGAAACAGGUUCAAAUAUUAAAGAAGUU